GUACCUGUUUCCAUUGCCGACAUGAAAUUUCUUCUUGGAGUCUUUACUGUCUGUGCACACCAACAUUUCAGGAGUCCUGCCCAGCCCAGCAAGGCCCCAGCCAUGUCAACCAAGGAACAGAAAGACAUGGAGAGGCGGGCCAAGCGCCCAAGGGCUGAUCACAAUCUCCCAUCAGAUGACUUCCAGAACCCAGAUGCAAUUAUCCCUGCACACAAUCCAGCAGUUGAUACCAGUGAGAUGGGCAGCUGCUCCUCAGGACCAGACGUGCAAGAGGCCAGGGAGCCUAGCCUGUUCAGAAGAGGAUACCGGAUUUCAAAGGUGACGUAACUCGGAACCUUCUGGCAAAGAGGAAGCAGUUUGAAAAGGAUAUAAAUGCCUCUUUCAGCAGCCUGAAUGAAAACCUCCAGAGUAUUUUCAAAACCCAACAGAAG